UUAAUAUCACACAUGAAUUCAACAGCAAACAGAGGAGAGAAGACACAGACUGAAGGCAGUACGAGGAAGUUAAUCAUCACAGGAAGUAGAUGCUGUGUCCAUUUUAAGAAGCAGCAGGUUAGAGACUUUGACAGUUGAGAGCGUGAGACCAAGAGAGAAACAUGAUGGCUGAAUUCAGAUGGAUUAUAAUGUCUUUAUUUCUGAUGCUGCUGUUUAAGUUUACAGCAGCAGCAACUGAGAAAUAUUCCUUAGUUGGAGUUGAAGUCACUUUGUCUUGUGAAAAUGUGAAACAUGAACAGGAUAACUGUGACAGUGCUACAUGGUUAUUUAGUGCUCAAAGAAACACAGUGACUCUGUUUGAACACGGGAAGAUUCACAGAGAAGCUGAAGCUAAAUCAGACAGACUGAGUGUUACAGCAAAAUGUUCUCUGGUUAUAAAGAAGGUCACACUUGAGGAUGUUGGACGUUACACCUGCAGACAGUUCAGAUCAGGACAAGUUUCAGACUCUGAGGUUCAUCUGUCUGUUGUUACCAGGACUGAACAUAACGACACUGAUCGAGUCGUCUUGUCCUGCUCUGUGUGGACAUAUGAACAGUGUCCACACACAGUGAAGUGGUUGUAUGAGGGUGAUCAGAAUGACUUGGAGACAUCACAGAGUACAUGUUCAGCCUCUGUGACAUUUACAACAUCUGACUAUAAUCAGAAGUUGAAGUAUUCUGAGUUAUUGAAAUGUGAAGUGACAGAUGGUCACACUAAAGAAGUUCAUCAGUUCACCUUCAGCCCUCCUCAGUCCUCAGGUGAGAAACCAGGUCAGUGGGUGUUCAUCGUUGAGGCUGUGGGUUUAGCAGCACUUAUAAUAAUCACUGUGGCUGUCAUCAGAUGCAAGAGAACUAAAGGGAACAAAACACAGAUGGAUGAAAACAUGGCUGAUCCUGAAGCUGAUGUUUCCUACGCCUCCAUCAGCUACACCAAGAACACAGGCUGUAAAGCCAAGGUCCGUGUUGAUGAUGAUGAUGAUGAUGAUGAAGGUGAUGCAGUGACCUACAGCACUGUGAAAGCUCCCUCCUCUUCUUCUGCUGGAGCCUCUGCUGAUCCCAGAAACCUCUACGCUACCAUCAACAAACCAACCAAAUAAGAUGUUACUUAUUAAAUGCAACAUGUUUUUAUAACAACUGCAGGAUUGUUUGGAUCAUAGAUUCAGAAUUUUAAGUGAGCAGAAUUAUAAUAAGCAUGAUCUCAGUUGGUCAUGUCAUGCAUUUGCUUGGCUUAACUGUAGCAAAGUGAGAACACAGCAGCAGCAGCAGCAGCAGCAGCAGCUCUAUGACACAUUGAGGGAGUUGAGGCUCCCUCUAGAGGUGGAGAGUGUAUAAAAAGGAAGCAGACAUAUUGGAUAUAUAUACUGUAUUCUUAGUGCUGUGUCCCUGCAUGGGCACAAUGCAGGUUUUGUAACAUUGAAUCUUGUUUGUUUUGUUAUACCAUUUCAUUGAAUAUUGCUUUUUGCUGAGUGAAUUUGAUUAGCCAUGUUAUGCUUUAAUGAAUAAAUGAUUAGUGUAUGGUUA